CCAACCAAACGCAAGCAGAGGCGGACUUUCAGGGCCAGAGGGAAUUUUGAAUUUAUAUCAUGCUAUUUACACUCUUAAUACGCACACACAAAUUAGCAUAAUUGUAUUAAAACUCCGACUACAUAGGAGUAUGUGUUUUUAUCUUGAGGGUUGAAAAAUCUAGAUGACGGUCGUGAAAAGUGCGUCUAAUGGCGGUUACUGAACUAGCCAAGCCAGUAGCAACAGAACGCUGAUUAAAAAGCUCUUUAAAUCGCCAUUUAAAAAUUUCGUAAAGUUUUGCUUCAUGGACGCCGCCUAAUACACAAUAAUGAAAGCGAUGAAAGAGGAGACUACUGAAAUAAAUCAGAUUAAGGACGACAAAGACCUCAUUUGUAGUCUUUGCAAGAGGUGCGACGACAUUCCAGAGAAAUAUGGGGAGAAGAUCACCCUUCAACAGCACAACCUGACUGUCCACUAUUUCUGUCUGCUGAUGUCCAGUGGAAUAUGUCAGAGAGGGGAGGAGGAUGAAGAUGUCCAUGGCUUUCUCGUGGAUGACAUAAAAAAGGAGAUCCGGAGAUCUUCGAGGCUGAGGUGCAUGCACUGCAAAAAAGUUGGUGCAUCAGUGGGGUGUUCCAUCAAAAGCUGUCGGCAAAUGAUCCACAUGCCUUGUGGAGUAGAGCAAGAGUUUAUUUUCCAGUUUACUGGCUUGUUUCCGUCUUUCUGUAAAAAACAUGCACCUAGUCAGUCCUGCGUCUCCAGCCCCUCUCUGCCCCUCUCCUGCUCCAUCUGUCUUGAGCCCAUUGAACCUGUCCUCUCCUACAAUGUCCUCAAGUGUCCUGCGUGCCAUGGAAGCUGGUUUCACAGGGAUUGUGUACAGCAUUAUGCACACAGUGCUGCAAUGUUUUUCUUCAAAUGCACACUCUGCAAUAACAAGGACCAGUUUCAGCAGGAAAUGCUCAGAAUGGGAAUAUAUAUACCAGAGCGGGAUGCAUCAUGGGAACUAGAGGAAAAUGCAUAUGGAGAGUUGCUGCAAGUGUACCAGCACUGUGAUGCUGUAAAAUGUCUUAGUCACAAAGGUCGUAAACACAGCUCACAGUCAGGGUUGUUUGAAAUUGUUCGUUGUAAGUUGUGUGGAUCCAGGGGAACUCAUCGAAAGUGCUCCAACCUUAGGCUUUACGACACCGACUGGGUUUGUGCUGACUGUAAAGCUGCUGUUGAGGAAAACAAGUCUGUGCAAUUGGCAAACCAUGUUGAAUCACCUCUGGCUAUAAGGCAAGAGAGGAAGAGGCUGUUUAAAAACAUCUCUGACUUUCACUCUUCGCUCAUCGCUAAAAGGCAGCGUGUGCCAGCCACUUCUCCAGAGGUCUUAAUGGAUCUGGCCUGUCAGAUAUCACUGCAGCAGUCCACAGAGGUGCUAGUGGUAAAUGAUGAUGGGGUGAUGGAAGCAGCGCUGCAGGUGCUGCGGCAAAGUGACUUUAAUCCCUGCUGCACACUUUCUGUGAAAUUCUCCAAAGACAAACUGAACAACAACAUUAGGAAUCAGCGUCGCUUUCUCAGAUGUCUUGUUUCGAAGCUGCAGAUGUCAGAAAUCUUUGAGGGACCUGAUGGAGUUAAAAACCUGGCUCUGAACUCAAAAGCUCUGAGGGAUGAUCUCUAUUUUGAAGUCGGCAGUCUGUUAGCCAUCUCUUUGAUUCACGGAGGUCCUCCCAUAGGAUUCUUCUCUCCAGCACUCUACCAUAGUCUGUUCAAUUACCCCACAAACUACAGGCCUACUUUACAAGACCUCGGAGACACUGCUUUUGCACACAAAAUCAGACAGAUUGCAGAAGCAAACUCAAAGAAGGAGCUGAGACAUGCAAUGCAGUCAGCGUCACAAUACUUGGAAGCAGCAGGCUGCUGGCGAAAGAUCAGCAAACUCUCUGAGAAGGACAUGUUGGUGGAGGAUGUACUAAAUUUCUACCUGAUCAUCAGACUACAGCUGCCUUUGCAGAGAUUUCGUGAAGGUUUGAGGACCCUAGGACUGUUUGAGCAGGUUCAGAUGUGUGCAGAGUCCUUCUAUUCAGUCUUCUGUGGGCCUGUGGAGAGGCUGACUGCUGAAUCUGUCAUGGAACUCUUUACUGCCCGCUUUUCAGAGGAAAAAGAGCAACAAGCAAACGAAAACACAACAAUACACUAUUGGAAACAGUUUCUUCAAGAGUGUGACGAGGGUCGGUGUGCAGCAUCACUUGAGGACAUUCUAACAUUCGCCACUGCCUCAGAUUUGGUUCCGUCCAUUGGAUUCAAACCCACCCCGUCCAUUUCAUUCUUGAGCUCACCAGACCCCUCAUGUGCUUUUCCUCAGAGCUACUGUGAUGCCAAUCAUCUCAUUCUGCCCAUACUACCGUCUUAUGAGCUCUUCAAGAAACAUUUGGAUUACACAGUGUGUCAAUUCUCAGUUAUGCAGGACAUUUGAAAAAAAAAAAAAAACAGAAAAGAAAGGGAAAAACCCCCCAUCUAACUAGAUAUUUCUGUAGAUUCAUGGUGUGCUUUUACCUAAUGAUUUACAAUGAUGCUUGAAGUCUAUUUAUUGGGGUUAACACGUAUUAUAUAUACUGUGCUAUUUUCAACCUAACUCACAAUAGCAUUAAUUGAUCAUAGUUGCUCCUGAUUUUAUUUAUCAGCAGUCUGAUAUAAACCCAGGUGUUGCUAACUCCUCACCGUUAUGUAGCAUUACAAUUAGAAUAACUCAACAGAGAAGAAAGCAUUUGACAGCUUUGCUUUAAACACUAUUGGGGCAUCAACUAGAUAUCAAUACAUGUUCUACUACACAAUCUUAGAAGUGAUAAGAUUGUCUGCCCUUUGUAUUUUCAAAAAAAUUGUGUAGGCUCAUAAGUGCAUCCAUUGGAAUGUGUAGCUAAUAAAUGACGAAGAAGCUGAUUUUAUCAGCCACACACUUUUUUUUAGCAUUUCCAAAGAUUAAACUCUUAAGUAGAAAAUUUGUGUUCUUCUAUUCUGAACAGAGUUGUUAUACAUCAAUGGUUUGUUUUUUCAUUCAAAAACAGUUCACAAUAACAAGGUUGCAAUUUCCUGGUAGCCACAAGAUGGUGCAAUUGCAAGUUUUUUUUGCCACACAAUAGCUAUAUGAAUUGGUUAUUAAUGAGUUAAAGAUCUAACUGUUUGUGCCAGAGAGCCAUGUUAGAAUCACACAGAAUGCAGGUGUGCAUUUGUUCUUGAGUAGUUUUUUUCCUCCUGAUGUAGUUUGAGAGUGCAUGAUUACUUGCCAGGUCUAUGUCUAUCAUAACUUAUUAAACUUUUUUUACUUUUGUUACCCUCA